AUGGAACGCAAGAGGCUAUUACAUCAACUCGACACCCCAUAUUCUGCUGUUCAGUGGCCCCAUGUGCUACCUGAAGAUCAGGAUACAGUGUUGGAACUCCUCUGCAGCCUUCUUUCCCCUUUGGGCGAUUAUCGACGAGCGCAUUUGGCUCCAUCUAGGGGCAAGCGCAGCAAGAAAAAGUCAAAAAGGCAAGCUUCGGAUGGCCAAACCCCAGGCUCUGAGCGUGUUAAGCCACCUCCACCGGAGCUUUCGGCCUUUGUCGACGUUGGCUUGGCCAGCAUCACUAGAUGCCUUCAGGAGAAUUCUGAGUCUUCCAUAAUCAGCUCCAGCGAUGAUCAACAGUCCCCCGAGAACUCGAAAAGGACCCCAUAUGCCAUGAUUCUUGUGGCCCGAUCUGGACAUUCCUCUGCCUUUCACUCACACUUUCCGCAAAUGGUUGCGAUGGCAUCACAAUCUCGCCCAGAUCAGCCUUCUAUCCGCUUGGUAGGCUUCAGCAAGUCUUGUGAAGACCGCCUGAGCGAUUGUCUUGGGGUUCCAAGAGUCUCGAGCGUUGCAUUGCGGGCUGGAGCACCGUUGUCAAAACCGCUCAUUGAGUUUGUCCGACAAAAUGUUCCUGUCAUUGAGAUCCCUUGGGUGAAGGAGGUGGCGGCCGGAUACCAGGAGACAAAGAUCAAAACAGUCGAGGCAUCUGUAGGUCGCAAGAAGCAAAGAGUGGCAAAAACAUAA